AUGCAGCUUAAGGAGAUAACGAUUCAGUCUUCUGGCGGGUACACAUCAACCCUCACUGCAGUCACGCUACACUGUGCACGCAUCCCACUGCCUCGCUCCCAAGCUGGCAGACCUGUAGCCUCGGAUGCAGGCUCGGCCCAAACCUCCAGUUUAGGCUUGGAAGGUGCUGCUGGAGGAGGCUUGGACGGAAGGCAUGGGGUUUCGGAAGGGGUGGCAAGGGAGCAUUGGAUGAGGAGGAGGGAUGGGGCGAGAAGCAGCAACACGCGCAGACGACUCAUUAGCACCAGAAGCAGCAUAGUCAGCAGUGAGAGGAGUGAGAGGAGUGAGAUGAGUGAGCGGAGCAAUCCUGGUGGGAGCAGGGACGGCGGGGAGGGCAGGGAAAGCAGGGAGAGCGGUCUGACAAACCUCACAACCGCUCUCCACACCGAUGCUGUCAGAACUCCCUCACUCAGGCGGCACCUGCACAGCAUUCGGCCCAACAGGCGUUCCUCUCUUCCCGACGCCUUUAUGAAGCAUGAUAUACCGCUUGCUGCUUCUGCCUCUGCUGCUGCAGCUGCUGGUGCUACGGCUGAAGCUGCUGCGGCUGUUGAUGCUAGUGGAUUGCAAGGUGAUCUUUCUAAGGGCGCUGCUAUUAGGGGGUCCUCUGUGCGAUCUGCUUCUGAAGCAGGGAACAAGGGGACAGGUGUGCGUGGUGGUGGUGCUGCUGCUGCUGCUGCUGCAGACAGCAAUGUAGCUAUUGCAGUGGGUGACGUGGCUAGUGCAAACAGUGACGUGGCGACUGCAAACGGUGACGUGGCGGGUGCGAGAGAAGCAGGGGAAGCGACAGCAGCAGGCGAGGGCGCGUUCAGCGGUUUCGGUGGCGAUGCUCGCUACUUCAACCGGCUGGGGGGGCGCAGCAACGCGUCGUGCAGCCGUGCGGAUACAGUGGAGGGGCUUUCCACGGUUAUUCCCGCGGAGCUGUCUGGGAAGCUGCGCAUCCUGCUUUGCAGCCGUGCAGAUGCCGUGGAGGGGCUUUCCAUGGUUCUCCCUGCGGAGCUAUCAGGGAAGCUGCGCAUCCUUCUUGUAACAGUGACAGCAGUGCAGACACCUUCAUUGGAGGGGUUCUCGACCCUCCUCCCUUCCCUUCCCUGCCGAGCUGUUGGAAAAGCUGCACAUUCUCCUUGUAAGGUCAAGGUGUUUGGGCAGCACGGACGAGAAGCCAUCACCACUGAGCUGGGCUUUAACAUUCUCAGGGUUCUCGUGGGGGAGAGGGAGGUGGUUGAGAAGGGAGCGGCGGAGAAAAACAACGAGCCUGGAGGAGGGGAGGAAGAUACGGAGGGAGAAGAGAAGGAAGGGAAGGGUGAAGGGGAAGAGGAGAAGAGUGAGGAAGUGGAGGAGGAGAAGGGGGAGGGGGGGAGGGAGGGGGGAGGGAAGGAGGGGUCUGAGGGUGGAAUAAGGUGGGAGCAACUGGCACUGAUCUGGCCACACCUGGUUAUCACGAUGGUGCCCAUGGAGAAUGUGAACGGGAGGAAGAAGGUGGAGGCAGGCGAGCUUUGUGAACGACGAAACGGGCGUGGUGUGGACAUUAACAGGAACUGGGACUGCGACUGGGGCGUGAAAGAAAAGGAUUACAACCCUCUGGAGGAGGCUCCUGGGACUCGUGCAUUCAGCGAGCCAGAGGCAGAGGCGAUGGGACAGCUGGCGGUGUGGUUCAGGCCGCACGUGUGGGUGAACGUGCAUUCGGGCAUGGAGGCGUUGUUUACUCCCCUGGACCACCGGGGGGAUGGUGUUGAUGCAAACACACUCGCUGCCAUGCACUCUCUCUUGGAGCGACUGGAUGCAGCUCACUGUGGUGCUCGCUGUGUCAUCGGCUCUGGCGGAGGCUUUGUGGGCUACUUUGCCCACGGCACAGCCACUGACUGGAUGUACGAUGUGCUGCGAGUGCCACUCGCCUUCACGUUUGAGAGCCUGCACCCCCUCUUUCCGUGCACCUUGUUCCGCGUUUUGCUUAUGUUCCCUCCCUCUGAUCCAUCCCGACACGUGCGCUGA